AUGACACAGAAUGCGAUCGCAGGAGCCAUGGCUGGUAUUGGAGAACAUUGUAUCAUGUACCCAGUCGACAGUAUACGAACACGCAUGCAAGUGCCUUCUUCAAUAACAGAUAUGGCAGCCAAUAUGUCGAGCAAAUUCCAAUUUAGAAACCAAAAAAACCUGUGGCGAGGUGUAUAUUCUGUCAUAGCAGGCGCUGGGCCUGCUCAUGCGAUUCAUUUUGCCACUUAUGAAUUUUGUAAAGAAAAGUUGAUUCUAUCCAAUCAAACAAUAUUUGGUUUACCCAAUCAGUUGAUUGCUUCUGGUUGUGCAGGAGCCAUUGCCACAUUGGCUCAUGAUGCAUUAAUGACACCGUUUGAUGUGUUAAAACAAAGGAUGCAAUUACGAGAUUCAACGUAUCGUUCAGUCAGAGAGUGUGCUCGAAAAGUAUAUGGAAAUGAAGGUAUCAAGGCAUUCUAUAUCUCUUUUCCUACUACGGUAUCCAUGUCUAUUCCAUUUCAAUCUGUUCAGUUUGCUACUUAUGAGUACUGUAGAUCAAAAUUGGAUCCAGAAGGUAGUUAUAACCCAAAAGCACACAUGCUAGCAGGAGCAAUAGCAGGAGCAAUAGCAUCUUCAGUCACAACACCCUUGGAUGUGAUAAAGACAUUACUGCAGACAAAAGGGUCAUCGAAUGACCAGCAAAUUAGAAAUACGCGAGGGUUUAAAGAAGCAGCCAUUAUAAUUUAUGAAAGAUAUGGUUUACGAGGAUUUCUUAGAGGAUAUAAACCCCGUGUACUAACAAAUAUGCCAAGUACUGCCAUUAGUUGGAGUGUGUACGAGUAUUUUAAAUGGUUUUUGGCAAGUGGUGAAAAUGACAAGUUUAUAGACCGUAUUUAG